ACAAAGUAUUUUGUUUUCGUGAUAUUUGAAUCUUUUUUUUUAUAUUUAAAAAACAUUUUUACCAAUAAUUGCAUCAUUAUGUGUUUUAUAUAAAUUUUUUAACGUCUCUAGUAUUAAUUAAUAUAGUUAUUUUAUAAUUAUUUUGUUCAUAAAAAGAGGUUAAAUAUUAAUUCCCCAGUUAUAAGUAUAUAAAAAAAUCACACCUGUUGAAACGUGUUUAUUAUUUGUUUAUUUCUUCAAAUAUUACUAAAUUUCAUUCAAUGUUUACAAAUAAUUCUAUCAAGUGUUAAAUUUUGUGUCGUUAUUAAAAAGAAAAAAAAAAUGGAUAGAAGAAAAAUAAAAUCGAAUAAUGCAAUGUUAAGUAGGUUAGGUUUAAAAACAACCGGCAGAAAUGAUGAACAAAGUGGAAGUCAAAUUUCAAUGCGUACACAAUCAUCAACAUCGUCAAGUUUUCGUCAAGUUAUUCCAUCGACUAAAAGAAAACACGAGCGCGAUAAUAAUAAUGAUGAUAAUGAUGAUAAUAAAUCAUCGCAAAUUUCAAUAAUGUUAGAUUCGACAUCGAAAAAAAGACGAAAUGAUCAAUCGGAAGAAAAUCAGGAAUCAAUUCAUGGAAAUAGACCACCAAGUGUAUUAUCGGAUUGUGCUUCACAAAGUUCAAUUCGAACACCUUCGGUGAUGAGCAAAUUUUUAAGUAUGAGUAAAAAAAAUCCAGAAAAAUCAACAUCUACUUCCAUUUCAAAAUUGCCAAUUAUUAAAAGUCAAGAAAAAAGUAUUCCAUCUCAAAAGACGCCAGUAAAAAAUCCAAGUCCAAAACCAACGACAUCUUCUGUAAGUCCAAAUACAUCAGAAUUUGAGAGGCAAUUAACUCAAAGUGAUGAUGAAAUGUCACCAGUGAGACAAGUUUUAGGAAUAAAAGAAAGUAAUGAAUCAGCAAAAAAACGAAUAGAACGAGAACUCACAACACCAUCAAAAAAUGGUGGUAGUGAUUCUGAUCAAAAUAUUUUCAGUAGUGGUUCGUCAUCAUCAAAAAAACGAGGAAAUUUCUCUCUUAGAACUCCAAAUGAUAAAAAUAACGAUAAUGAAGAAUCAAAUUCAAAAAAAGCAAAACGAAGAUUACUUGCAAACGAUGAUGAUAUCAGUCCAAUAAGGGGGAAUAUUUUCUCUUCUACCAGAAACGAUGAGGUAAAUAAAAUUAGCAGUUUAUUUUCUCCCGUACGACCAGUGAGAAAUGAAUUGGAAUUUUUAACACCAGGACCAAUUCAAACGAGAAAUAAAUUUAUUGCAUUUUUAGCUGAUUCACGUGUUACAUUAAUAAAGGGAGAAGCACCUCAUCAAAUAAACGGAGAUCCAAAUGAUAUAAAAAUUAAUAUGAAAAAAUUACUACAAAGGGGAUAUAAUAAAGAAGAAAUUUCAGAGGGUUGGAAAGAUUUUAUUGAUAAUGAUAAUAAUUUAAAGAAAGCAACACAAGAUUUAAAGGUUAUUCAUGAUGGACAACCUUUUCCCAGUUGGUAUAAUACAUCGUUAAUUAAACUUUUAUUACAAAUUGCCGAGAUACAAAAACCAUUAUUAGAACAUCUUCUACAAAAAUUAAACGAAGUUAUUCUUGAAGCAACUGACGCAGAAAGCGUACCUUGGGCAUUCACAAUAAUACAACAAAUAAGAUUCUUAGAAUUUAUUGUCGAUCCCGAAUCGUUGACAACAAAAAUUAGAGAACUCAUUGAAGCAACUCCAGUUUGGUUUCAAAAAGAAUUAAUUGUCUUUCUACCUGAUAUUGUCAUUGAUUCUCAACAUCAUGAAAUCUCGGAAAUUCUUUUAACAUUACUUGAACGUUGGCCAGAAUUAAUAAAUGUCAUUCUUGAUACACUUUCAACUUUUUCCUUUGGUAAAAUGCAAUUUGAAGAUUUAAGAAGUAAACUUAUUGAUAUGCUCGAAACAGCUGAUCCUAAUAAUGUUCCCGCCAUUAGCAGAUUUAUCUUGCGCAAUUGUAAUGAGGAGAGGCCAGCGGAAGAAUUUUUAAAAAUAUUGCGCACAGUUCAUUUGGAGCCAUUGCCAAAUACAAAACUUGAAGAAUGUUACGCAAAUCAAAUGGAAACGGUUCAAAUAAUUAAACAGGCAAUGAAAGCAUUUAAAAAAGUUGUUCAUGCAACUGCAAAUGUUCUUAAAACAACAUAUGAUGAACAAAAACCAAUGGAUAUAAUUUAUUUACUCGUUUUAUUUGAUUCUGGUGGUUCAACGCAAAAAAUUGCCGAAUCAAUACUCAAACAACAUAUUCGCUCUGGAUAUUAUAGAUUGAGUUCAUUUAAAACUUUCUACAGGGAAUAUGUCGAGGUAGGACGUGAUUUACAAUCAAGUGCAUUAACAUUAGCGAGUAAUCUUGUAAAAUCAGACGAUCGUGUCUAUGCAGAACUUGGAAUUGAAUGGUUUGUCUUGAUAUUUAUGAGUCAAACGGAAAAUUAUAAACAACGGCAAGUGUUGGAUAAAAUUUUACAACUUGUUGGUUAUGAUAAUUCAACGGCAAAAAAAGCAUUUACAAUUCUUAGUAAAAUGAUUGACGACGAUGAAAGACGAAAAUAUUUACAUUCACAUUGUCAUACAUUGAAAAUUUUAUUAGAAAAAGUUGAUAAUUUAGAUUUGGAAAGUGCAGCAAUUUUAAGUGAUGUUCUUCAUGGUCUGUGCAUUCAAUCGAGUUCAAUUUCUGAAUCAUUAUCCGAUGAUAUGAGUAUUUUAAUGUCAAAACAAAUUGCCAGUUCAAAACCAAUAACAAAAUGUAAAGGUGUCUUAAGUGCUUGUAUGGCAAUUAAACAUUUUGCAAGUAAAGAAGAAACGUGUAAAGAUGCAUUAAAUCUUUUUGAAAGAGUGACGUUGGGAAUAAAAUUAUGUCGCAGAUCGCAAGCUUUAUUUUAUGAUCGAAUGAGUAUAGUCGUGUCUGAAACUGAAAAUAUUGAUACUGAAUUUCUUAGAGUAAUUUCAAGUUAUUUCGAAGACGCAUUUAAUGAAUACAUUGAGGCAAAUCCAUCAGAGAGGGAUAAUAUGGAAGUGAAAUUUGGAUUAAAUCCACCGCGUAAUAUGCCAACGGAAAUAAUAAUUUCCUUUGGCGAUGGAAAAUUUGGUGGAAUUGUGCCUAUUUUAUUUAGAUUAAUAAGAAUGUGUAAUGCAAGACUCGCUGAUAAUCUUAAUGAUAUUAAUGCACUUUUGGGUGCAGCGAUAAUUGUACCAAGAAAUCUUGAAGAGCCAGAAUCAAAAAAUCUUGAUUAUAUGCUUUAUUGUAUAAAUUGGUUUAGAGAAGUGAUAAGUGGUUUUAUAAGUGAUGAAGAUUCUCAAAUGCAGAGAAGAAUAUUAAAGCGUCUUGACGAUUUAAUGAAAAUGCAAGGUGAAUUUCAAAUGGCACUCUCGAUGCAUGAUACUCGUUAUGAACCACCACAGGCAUAUUUUCAUUAUUUUCCCGUUAAGCCUUUUGUUAAAAUAGAAAAAAAAUCAACGAAAAAGGGAAAAAAAGCCGAUAAAUCGCUUGUACUUGCAAAUCCUGAAUGGGAAACUUUUGAUUUGGGCUCACUUCUUGUAUCGAAAAAUCCCACUUAUUUCCGUAAAUUGGACAUAAAGGUAGUUCAUCUUUUGAACAUUAAAAUGGAUAUGACUUUGACUCAAACAUCAUCGCAGGCUGUGUCUAUUGCUCAAGUUUGUUUUGUUGUAAAAGAAUUAUUGGGAAUGCUUGAGAAUAAUACUUCGGAUUUAUUAAUACGCGAUUUAAUCCAUUUAUUGCCGGAAAUAUGCAAUAAAUUACAGGAUAUUGCCAAUGAAGUAAAAGAAAAUGAAAUUGAAGAUUGUCAAAUGAGAGAAGCACUUAUUCUUUUGUUGCAAUUGAUAAAUCAAAUUUUCAGCUGCAAGGAAUUACAUAAUACUGCAAAGCAUAGUGAACUUGUUCAAACGGGACUUAGUAAAAUAGCAACACAAACUAGAGGAAUGAAUACAACUCAAAUAUCAAGAAAAGAUCUUGUUGCUGAAGCUUACAGAUUUUUUGACCAAAUGCGUGAAAUCGCUGAAGGUCGAUCAAUUGUUCUUGCUUUUAAUAUUUCUAAUGUUUGUGGAACUCUAAUGAAACAUUCAAAAGUUUUUGAAAAUGAAAAUAAAGAAGCACAUGCUACAAUGGCAUACGAUUUUCUACGAUCGAAAAAUUGGCUGGAUAAACAAACAGGAAGUUUGUAUCGUAAUGCAAUUGCUGGAUUGCUUAAAACUUGGAUUGACAAUGAACCAUCACCAUUGAAAAAAGUGAAAGAAGUUGUUGAUUGGCUAAAGGACGAUGUUGAAUUAUUGGAAAAAGCUUCAGAUUGCUUGCGAAAUUUACCAUCAAUUAAUAAAAGCAAUUUUCCCCUACUUUUCAAAAAAAUUCUCGAGGGUCUUAUUAAAGGGAUUAAGAUUGAUUUACGUGAUUCUAAUCUUCCUUGUACGACAAAAUUAGCAACAUGGGAAACUGCUGGCAAGAUAGUGUCAACAAUUGUUGAUAUCAGCAGAUUAUUGAAUAUAAGAACAAUUCUCAUACUUUCAGUGAGAUAUCUGAUAAUAAUUAUGCGACUGUUACUCAAUCAGGGAAUUGAACUUAUGGAAUAUAAUCUUAGAUAUCAUCCUCAGGAAGUCAUGAAUAUUAUCAACUAUUUUCAAAAAUCUACAAGAUUUUUACAUGGAGUUUAUUGUACUGGUGUUCAUCAACAGGAUACAACAAUGACAAAAUUCUUUCCCAGUAUUAAAUCAUUAUACGAUCAAUUUAUUUGUCGUAUGAAGGGAUUUAUGGCAUUCAAUGAUUCAUUAAAAUUCUUUAAAUUAGGAAAUUUAACUAAAAAAGGAAUCGACGGAGUGCCAAUACAAUCGCAGUCAUCGACGGAUGAAUCAUCGAGUUUAGUGGAUUUAGAUGGAAUUACCGAUGGUACAGAAUCAAAUCUUUCUGAAAUUCUUGGCGAAGAAGAAUUACCAGAUAUUGAAUCAGAUACCUCUGAUGAAGAAAUAAAUGUGGAAGAUGACAAUACAAAUGAUUCAUUUUUGUAAUUCAACAAACGAUAUAUAUAUAAAUUUUAUUUUUUUUCAACACAUUUUUUCAUAGAAUAUAAUAUAUUUUUUUCAUAUCAAAUGAA